AUGAUCGGUCUAGCCAACGACAUUAUCAACUUCAAUGUUGGCGGGAAGAAAUUCUCGACAUUUCGAAAGACUUUCCCAAAAGAUACACCAUUUUACAAGUGGUUCGUCACCGGCACGAAAGAAGUUCCAUUCGUGGUGAGGGAAAACGAAUUUUUCAUCGAUCGUGACCCAAAAACUUUCUCUGUUAUUCUCAACUAUUUCCGCUUGAAAACAGCUGGUCAACUGUGGGAAGCGUGUUUGCCGAAAGAUCCGGAUAGGCUUGCUUUACUCACACAGGAAGCUGAAUACUUCAACUUGCCACAAUUGCGAGAUCAGGCGAUCAAUUUACUGCAGAGUAGCUGCGAAGAAAAGCCGACAAAUUACAUUCAUGAGGUGUUGGCAAGGAGUUCGAGUUGUCCCCAAGGCUUUAACUCACCAAUCGCCGAU